CGCGCGGAGCGUGCGGCGGCGCUGCGCAGCGAGGUCCAGCGCGGGAAACGCUCGCGCUGCGUGGCGCGUGGGCCUGGUCGCUCCUGCAGCUGGGUGGACUCGGGCUGGAGCUGGGAUGAUCUGAGCUCGGUUGUCCGAUUGAGUGCACUACUCAAAGUGUAGAGCAGGAUUUUGCUAUACAAGAAGUAGCUGUAAGGAAGCCACUGAAGUUUCCAAUACAGAGAACACCACCCCAAGCAGCAGCCAUGCCUGCGGAAGGAGGGAAAACUGACAUGGAGAGAAUUGGCCUUUUCAGUGAGAUGGAAUAUAUUACUGUGGGUGACAGAUAUGUAUCACAGUUUAAUCGACCCUUUAAUGAGGCUGCAAGCAAAAAUAGACAGCUACUACCUGGGGGAUCCAAAGAAAUGUCAAGUCUCCAGGCAGGUUAUUUUGAUCCCCAUUUUGUAAGGGUUUUUGAAGGUGAAGGCUACGUAAACCUGAAUCAAGUGCGGAGACGGCAUAUGAUGGAAGAAGCCAAAAAAAAUCUAGGCAAAGCCUUUCUCCCUACUAACGGAGAGAAAAAGCGAUGUGGUUUAGGAAGUUACUAUGGAACAAUUGGCGGACCAGUCCCAUUUUUCAGUGCACAGUCAAAACCCAAAGAAAAAUAUAAGCCACCUGGGAAGAAUUUAUACACAAACCCAGGAAAGAAAGGAACCGGAUAUGGCUAUGCAAAUGUUACCAUAGGUAAGCAGUUUUCACACUCUGCUGAUUUCUAUGAUGCACCAAAACUAAAUUACAAGAAAGAGAAUGAAGAACACCAUGGUUUACUUAAAGGGACAGCUUUCAAAUUAAAUCUUUACCCAAGGGAAUAUUUUGAUACCAAUCCUUACUCUUUUGAGAACCCUUUACCACCAAUUAAAAAAGCAGAGAAGAAAGAAUUACCUACAAACCCUUUCAAGCCCUCUUCUCCUGGUAAAAAGGCUGGUGGAAUGAAGGCAGGAACAUUUGAUCCUUACCCUUCACAUUCUGCUGACCCUUACGAGGUUAAAUUGACAAGCCAGAUUUCCAGCAAAGGUCCUAAGAUUUUUCAUCCACCAGGUGGACCAAAAAGCAGACCAGUUGAAAGCAUAAUGACUUUGAAUGUCAAAAGGGCACUAAAUACGAAGAACUACAAGACUGCUUCAAUACAGUCCUAUUAGCAUCUGGAAGACAAAUAGCCUUAUAGGUCCUGACUACCAAAAAUUUAUUAUCAAGUACUAAUUAUUUGAAAAAUAUAAGAUUUUGUGGAAGAGAUAGCUUAAGCAUUUAAAAAACAUUUAAGCCUGCAACUCUACUACUCUUCCUGCUUUUAGUACUAUUAUGUAAUAAAUAAUGUUUGUUGAUAAUUUAA